GUCUAUUAUCCAAUCCACAUGUGAGGGAGAAUAUUAAAGUAUAAAACUAUUGUUGACUUACAUUCUAAUAACUUAAGCUUUUAGAAUGGAUUAGUAAAUAACAUUUACAGAUAUACUGAUCAUAUAUAUUGGCAUUUUGCAACGGUUUCUUCAGGAAUAAUGCUUUUCAUCCUCUGCUUUAUAUACGUACUCCUCAGUAAUCCGGCGUCUGCUCAGCCAAGCUUCCUACACGAACAUUGUCAAGAUGAUAUAUUAGGAAACUACACCACCAAUAGUACGUUACGCUUCCUGUCCAAUAUAAUCCCCUCUAGGAACGGCAAUGGCAUUAUUCUUGGAUUUUAUAACAUCUCUUACGACCAAAUUAGCGUCGACAAAGUUUAUGAGACCGGACUUUGCAGAGGAGACAUUGAGAGGAUUGCCGUAGCUGCCUUAAUCGCUCGGCACAUCUUCUUUCUCAGGUUUGCCGUAACAAGGAUGGGGAGGCAAUCGGAAUCGGAGGGUUCGACGAGUGUGUGUUGCGCUUCUCAACCCACUCUUCCUAUGGCCUCGUGGAAACUCACCCGAGGUUCUACUUGUGGAACAGCCUAGAAGUGGAAUCCAAACAUGUGAAUAGCUUUUCUAGACAACUUAUUAUCUUAUUAGAUGACCUAAAAACUCGAGCUUCAACCAGAGGCUCUCUUCAUAAAUACGCAACGGGAAAGAUAAGCGUUGUAGGGUUUCAAACCAUAUACGCGCUUGUGCAAUGCAUGCCGGAUUUGUCCCCAUUGGACUGUAAGAAUUGCUUGGAUGAAGCUUUUGGAGAUAUUCCACGGUACUAUGUGAGCAUAGGGGGAAGAGUAGUUACUCCAAGCUGUAACUUUAGGUACGAGGUUUACCUCUUUUAUGGACAUGCGUAUGAUGCACCACCAGCAACACAGCCGCCGCCUCCACCAUUGACUGAAGCCGGAGCUACAAUAGGAAAGAAGAGUAACACGUCUGGAAAUAGCAUCAUAGUUGUAGCUACUGCUGCUACAGCGGUGCUCAUUAUUUCCUUAGGCGUGUACUCGAGAGUGAAGAAGUCAUAUAAGAAGGUUGAAGGUAAGUUAUACGUUUUCGAUGCUUCAUCCAAAUUCUACGAUCUAUAUUACUACUCAGAAAUUUAGGCCUGAGU